AGCUGGAUGCAGCUUGAGUUACCUUGUUCAGUUGCAAUGCAUUUGUUUGUUUUUAAAAUUUAAAAACUGGCUGUCUCUUGCAUUUGGUUUCGGAUUCAGGAUAUUUAAUUCGCUUUGUAUUUCCGGACAGUUCCGCUGUGUGGAGUUUGUUUACGUUGUGAUUUAACGACAACCGCGUGCACCGCUCUCGAGUGUUCCAAAUUCGAUCCGGCGUAUUUCUGUGCCUUGAGGAAUAUUAAAUAACCAGGGAAGGUUGUGUUCCUUUGUCCAGUUGUAUCAUUAGCCAAGCUGUGUUACAGCGUCACCUGCUUUAUCUAGCCAAGAAAAAAAAACCUUUUUUUAAUCAUUACUGUUAUGAUGAAGUGACCUGCUUGAAUAUUUCAUCUCACAAAAUCCCCCAAAAGAAAAUUUAAUUUUAACAAAAAAGUAGAUAGUGAAGAACCGUGAAAGUCCACCAUGACGUGAUCAGAGUCCUCGAUGGACGGGUGCCGAGACUUUCGGGGCGGCGCCCCUCCCUCGCCACUUAUUCCCCAAGGGCCGCCCCUUAUCCCGUCCACAAGGAGACACAGAAGCCGCCCGCGCAGCGGAAGCAGCAACAGUAACGCGCCAUGGUGGAAAGCGUGGAUAAAGAAAUAUGUGAUCGCUUGCUUGGUGUGCGGAGGAUUAUCUGUGUUCCAUGGCAUUGUUUUCAUCGUUAUUUACCUCCUCCUUCGAUCUUACACCUCUUCACUCCAGUUUUUCGAAACAAUACCAACUUAUGUCCCCGGAGUUGUGUUCAUUAUAACUGGUCUAAUAGUGAUGUGCUUUGCUAAAAGAAGGAACAGAUAUGCCUUUCUGAUGAAGAUGGCUGGAGGUUGUUGCCUUAUUUGCGCUCUCUUGUGUGUUGUCAUCACCGUCACCACCACUGUUGUGCACAUGAACCGGCUACAGACGCUGCACGAGUGCGUUUACACGCCACAAUCCAAGACGUGCAUGUGUGUUUCCGCCAUUGGGGACCACAACGCUCAGGAAGCACAUCGCUUUGUGUUUAACAACACCCCCAACUGCGAAGUGGUUCAUGGGAGCCUGUAUUCUUGCCUGCGCGCUCUCUUCAGUUUUUCUGUUCUUGGGAUUCUUCUAUGUAUAUCGUGUUCGAUGUUGAUCUACCAGCUGCUCAGUCAUGAAAAGAAAAGAGUGUACUGGGAGCAGCUUGAACUGCGAAGAAGAUUUUUAUAUCAGCGCCAUUCUCACCAUACUGUCUGCGGAUGCUACGAGGAACUAUAUCCAUGGCAACUGUGGGAAAUGCUGGACUACAGGUUUAUGAAUGCUCCUGGAAGUUUGCCGAAUUGUGGCAACAUGGAGGAAGAGCUCUGUGCCUCGCCCAACACCAUUUCCCUCAGCAACAGAAGCAUCACUUCCGGUGGAGGUGGUCAUCGAGCAUCAGGUUGGAACUGGCUGCCUUGGCCAAGACAGCAAACAGACAGGAGUAAUCCAACCAACGGAAACGAGAGAUCUGUAAAUGACACCCCAACGAGACAGAACUUUAUGAGACGGUUAAUGUCGAGAGAGGGAUGGAAUCAACAGCAGCUAGCUAAUCUGAAUAACCCCAUGGAAGAAGUACCUGCUCUUGAGGGUUCCGUUGGAACUUUACCUUGGAGGAGCGAAUGCAUUCACAUUUUUCGGCCAAAUUCGCGUACGGCUUCGAACUGUUUCCCUCCUAUGCGUUUUGGCAUCCGGUCCAGAAAUUCGCCGUACGGAAGACCCCACAGCAACCACAGACGAACGAGAUCCAAUGACGGUAUUUUCCACCACCUUCACAUGAAUCCCGCACCACGCUAUGCGCAACCUUACUCCCUGAUCGACGGAAACGGUGGAAUCACUUGCCACUUUUCCGGUUGUGAAAUUCCCCGCUACAUGUGGGGGCCACCGCCCCCUUACUCGCAACCACAGUCAACGGAGAACGUGGCCCUGUACAAUGAAAACAAUCAGAACAGGAGAACUAGUAUUGGUAUUGAGCAACUAGGUGGUGGGAUUGAAAUCAGUCACUGUGAGCAAGUGCUUACUGCCCUCGAAAUGGAGCGCGGCGGGAAUGGAUCAGUUUCUUCCAAGAUGAGCACUCCAUUGUCUGAGAGGCGUUAUGUCUGUCACAACUUUUCCUCAGAGGGCAUCACGUUGACGAUUGGAGGCAACUACGGUGACUUGUGUCCUCAGGAUACAGUACACCAUGAGCAUAAGAAGGAAGAGACGUGCAUCGUCGAAGUUCAUGUGCCAUAUAUCUUUCACAAAAAAGAUAUUGUUUUUAAUACGCUGCCCGCAAGAAGUUGUAGGAAAAAAGAUAAUAACCCUUUUAAGUCUCUCUCUAAUAUCCCCUUAGGUCUAUCGAGAAAAAUAAAUAACCUAAAGAGUGAAAAGUCUGAUCCUGGACAACUUUCUGUGAUUAAAGCAUUUUGUGAUGAUCUCAAAAAGGAUGAAACAGUUACGAAUAAUACCGAAGCUGAUAGCACAAAAACAACUUCGACAUCUCAGCUGCAUACUUUGAAAGAGGUAUCGAGACAACUCUUCUGUGAUGGACAUAGUGUAAAUAAUUCCUUGGAGACUGAUACUUCACCGAGUUCUCUCAGUUACCAACCAACGAUGGUCGAAAUUCCAUCAGAAUUCAAGUCCAGUCUUGUGAUAGCAACCAGCCCUUCUACACCGGUGGCUGAAAGCGUUCCACUUUCGAACAAAAUUUACGCGCAGUCAAUGCCCAAUCUCAGCUUAUCCAAUUCGCUUCGCCAACUCCAUCGAGCCCCAUCCAGUGGAAACACUUCGACUUCUUACGAUUUCCCAGAUUUCGAAUUCGAAGAAGAUGGUUCCCCUCUGGUUCUGUGCAGCCCUGUCUCUGACAUACCAUCCGUGACUCUUCUUCGCGACGACGACGAAUCGGACAGUUCGUCGUCUUAUCCACCGUGUCCUCGAAUAUUCCGUUGCGACCACGACACUCCUUUCUCAAACGAUUCCAGUUCCAUGUCCUGCGAAGUCACUGUAGGCAAUUCCAACAGCAGCGACUCGUCGUCCUGCGAUGUCAUAGUGAUAGGUGAGAAGAGGCAUUCGAACACUAUACACUGCAGAUCUUCCGAUACUUCUAUAGUGCCGUUUACAUCAUCGCCAUCUAUAAUCAUAAGCAAACGCCCUCCAACCGAGUGUUCGAUCAACUGCAACAUUCGGCAUCUCCAUCGUUAUCAUCCUGAAAAAAUCGAAGUAAGACCUAGGCGUCUGGAAGAAGCAGGUUUUAAUAUGUCUCAAGACAGGACUAGUAAUUUUGUGGUUACUAUAAAAAGUGUGAAUGUUUAGCUUUUAAUUCCUUUAGUGUUUUUUGUAUGAAGUACUGUAAUUUUGCAAUUUGCUUUGUGUGAACUUCUGCACAAGAUCUACGAAAAUGUGGCUUUAUACAUGUAUGGGACCAUAUCUUUUUGAGCUAAAAAUUAAACCCCCAUAUUGGGCGGUUACAUUACAGCUAUUUGUGGAACUAUUUUUUAUAGGAAAUAAAAAAAAUAGACCAUCGCUUUUAAACUAAUAACACUUAAGUGAAAUUUAAACUCGUUUUUAUUUUUGUUCAGUAAAAAAGAAUCAGAAUUGAUGUGAUUUAUAACUGUCGCUCUCGAUACAUAAUCAGUAAAAUAUGUAAUUUUUUAUCAUAAACUUUUCGCAAAGGUAACACAUUCUUGACUAACUUUUAUUUUGUAUAAUAUCAAGAAUAAUUUAGGAAAUGCGUCAUAGAUAACAUACAAUACAGAAAAUGGAUGUCAGAGGAACUUUUUAAUGCAAUAAUUUCCAUUGAGAUUUAUAUUAUCCGUAUUCAUUGUUAAUUUCCAAAAUCAGCAAGUAUUAGCUAAAAAUAUUUAUUUCUCAUUUGUAAAAAAAAAAAAAAAAAAAUGUCAUCAAGACGAAAUUUCACCAUUUUUUUUCUUUUUAAUGAUAACAUAUCGAUACAAAAUAGUCCUCAUCUAUAAUUUUCUAAUUACGAAUUUCCUGUUCAACAUGGGAGUUAAAAUGUCAUCAAAUUGACCAACUAUAAUUAAUUUAACUUGUUUACUAGAAGAAUGCCUAAUCUAAAUGAGUGAAAUUAGUUAAAAAGGUAGAAAAAUACAAUCUGCGAUGCGUUUUUUUUUAACAUUUGAGUUGAACAACUCUUUAAACAAUAAAUCUAGUAUUAAUAUUACAAGAGAGAGAGGAUUUUGACAGCCUUCAUAAUUGAAAAAUAAAUUAAUAAAAUUACCUUAACCACCUUGCAGUUUAUGACGAGAUAUAAACUCUUCUGUCUCCGUUUAUCCUGGAAAAAAGAUAAAUAAUGCUUGAAAUAUUCUUUUCACUUUCAAAAUUAAAGAUCUUUGUUGUUUUUGUUAAUAUGCAUGUCCCAACUGGGUUUCAAUGUGUUGUUAUUUUACUUCUGAAAAACUUGAAGUUAAAAAUAAAGUUAUUUUUAU